GAUGUUCAGUCAUAAGUCACAAAAUUAUUGUUCAAACCUACUUAUAUAAAUUAAUAACCGAAUGAAUUUUUGUGCUUCUAAAUCAAAUCUUUUAAAGAACAAAACAUACAACGUUGACAUAUUGCUAAGGGUCUCGCUGGCACACGUCCCGUCAUCCGCGGCUCUAACGGCCGCUUCCAAUUCGUCAACGCGGCCCAAUGGUCGCAUCGGCAGUCGGUGCUCCUCUCCUCCAAUCCUGAAUUGCCACACGAGCACAUGUCUCGCGCUCGGCCUAUAGGUGUGCGGCCCAGUGUGUGUCUUAAGCCGCUUUACCGCUGUCGACAGGUGGAAUCCAAAAUCACGUCGUGUCUGCCGUGGCGCGCGCGAAGUCUUUUUUUUCUCGCGACACAAGUGUAUAGAAGAAUCUCGGGAACCAAAAGAGCCAGAUGAUUCUCCCGGACGACUCAUAAAUUGUCAGCCAAAGAUCAGCUGCAGCCUGGAUUCAUUCAUCCUUUUUAUUCUCAGCAGGACGUUAACGUCAAGAGUGUGACCAGCGAGACAAAAUGGCACACUGCAAUAAGUUACCCAUGAUGUUCCUGGCAUUGCUGGCCAUUGGUCUUUUGUCCAGUCAGGCCUAUGGACUGGCCGUAAUGAGCAUUGAUAUUGGCAGUGAAUGGAUGAAAAUUGCCAUUGUUUCGCCAGGUGUACCAAUGGAGAUUGCAUUAAACAAAGAAUCAAAGAGGAAAACCCCAGUAACUAUUUCAUUCAGAGAUGGAGAGCGUACAUUUGGUGAAGAUGCACAAGUGGUUGGCACUCGUUUUCCAAAGAACAGCUUUUCCUAUAUCUUGGAUUUGAUAGGAAAGCCCAUUGAUAAUCCAAUAGUUCAACUGUACAAAAAACGGUUUCCUUAUUAUGAUAUUGAGGCUGAUACUGAACGUAACACAAUAGUAUUUAGAUUGGACAAAGACACCACAUAUACUCCUGAAGAGUUACUUGCUCAACUUUUGUACAAAGCUAAGGAAUUUGCUCAAAACUCAGCUGGCCAAAAAAUCAAUGAAGCCGUCAUAACAGUACCUGGUUAUUUCAAUCAAGCUGAACGUUUAGCUUUGCUGCAAGCUGCUGAACUUGCUGACAUUAAAGUACUGCAGUUGUUUAAUGAUUAUUCUGCUGUUGCAUUAAACUAUGGUAUUUUCCAUCAUAAAGAAAUCAAUGAUACUGCACACUACAUCAUGUUCUAUGAUAUGGGAGCUAGUAGUACUACUGCCACUGUAGUCGGUUAUCAAAAUAUAAAGACAAAGGAGAGGGGAUUUGUUGAAACUCAUCCUCAAGUUAGUAUUUUGGGUGUUGGCUAUGACCGUACUCUUGGUGGACUGGAGAUGCAACUGAGGCUUAGAGAUUAUCUUGCUAAAGAAUUUGAUGCUAUGAAGAAAACCAAGAAUUCUGUAUUUGAAAAUCCCAGAGCUUUGGCUAAAUUAUUCAAAGAAUCAGGUAGACUUAAAAAUGUUUUGAGUGCUAAUGCUGACCAUUAUGCGCAAAUUGAAGGCCUUCUAGAUGAUCAAGACUUUAGGCUACAAGUAACAAGAGAGAAAUUUGAAGAACUCUGUGCAGAUUUGUUUGACCGUGUCUCCAAUCCAGUUAAAACAGCCUUGGAAACUUCAGGUUUAACAAUGGAUAUUAUUUCUCAAGUUGUGUUGGUUGGAGCUGGCACCAGAGUCCCUAAGGUGCAGGAGAAAUUAAGUGCAUUUGUCAAAACUGAAUUGUCUAAAAAUAUCAAUACUGACGAGGCUGCUGCUUUAGGAGCCGUUUACAAAGCUGCUGAUUUAAGUCAAGGCUUUAAAGUGAAAAAAUUCAUUACCAAAGAUGCUGUACUAUUCCCUAUUCAAAUUGUUUUCGACAGAACUGUCGACGAUAAAGUAAAGCAGGUGCGAAGGACAUUGUUCAGUAAGAUGAAUGCUUAUCCUCAAAAGAAAAUCAUAACUUUCAACAAACAUAAUCAAGAUUUUUCAUUUGAGGUGAAUUAUGCAGAACUUGAUUACCUUCCAAAGGAAGAAAUAGCUGCUAUUGGCAACUUGAAUAUCUCCACGAUUACUCUAACUGGAGUUGCUGAAGCUCUAGCAAAACAUGCAAAAGAAGGAGGCGAAAGCAAGGGAAUUAAAGCUCACUUUUCCAUGGAUGAAAGUGGUAUCCUAAACUUGGUGAAUGUAGAGCUUGUUUCAGAAAAAACAAGUAUUGCCGCCGACGAAGAAGAAGGUGCUUUCUCAAAACUUGGUUCGACAAUAAGCAAACUCUUUUCUGGUUCAAAUGACAAGGAACCAGAAAAAGUUGAAGAACCUCCAAAAGAAGAUAUUAAACCUGUUCAUGAGGAACCUGAGUAUCCUGGAUUAAAAAAGGAAGCUGAAGAAAAAGCUAAAGCAAAUAAUGACUCUAAACCAACAGAAGAAAAAGCUGAAAAUAAGACCGAAAAAGCAGACAAAGAAAAGAAACCAACUAUUGUUACUAUUAAGGAGCCAAUUGAGGCUAAAGAAUUGAAACUAGGGCCGCAAAUGUUAUCCAAUGAUAAACUAGCAACUUCACAAGAAAAACUCCAAGCUUUGAAUGCAUAUGAUAAGGAGAAAGCUAAACGUGAAAGCGCCUUGAAUAAUUUGGAAUCUUUUGUGAUUGAUGCUCAACAAAAAUUAGAGUCUGAUGAAUACAAGGCAGCUAUUAUUGCUGAAGAUGCAGAAAAAAUAAAGCAAGCUUGCAAUGAAGUAUCUGAAUGGCUAUAUGAAGAAGGUUUUGAGGCACCUGCUGAAACAUACGAACAGAAGUUGACAGAUUUGCAAAAACUAACGGGUGAUCUUUAUGAAAGAGUUUUUGAGCAUAGAGAACGUCCGGAAGCUUUGAAAGGGAUGGUUUCCAUGCUUAACGGUAGCCGGGUAUUUUUAGAUAAUAUGCGCAAUCUUAAUGUAUCUGCCGAAAUUUUUACUCAAGUCGAAAUCGAGACUCUGGAAAAAGCUAUCAAUGAAACUCAGGAAUACCGUGAUGUAGUAGUAAAGGUAACAUCUGAAACUAAGCUUUAUGAGCCAGUCGUAUACAAAGUUCGCGAUAUUGCAAACAAAAUGGCUUUGCUUGACCGAGAAGUAAAAUAUUUAGUUAACAAAGCAAAGAUCUGGAAGCCUAAACAAGAAGCAACAAAAAAUAACACCGAAGAAACCGGUGAAAACAAAACAAAUAGUGGUGAUAGUGAAGCAGAGACCAAAACUUCUGACAAUAAAGACAAGGCUGAAUCUGAAAGAGAUGAUUCUGAAACGAUAGAGACGGAGGAAACCUUGGAACUGCCCCCAAGUGAUACGACGCAAUCUGAAAAGAAAGAAUCCGAUGACGAGCACGUGGAACUUUAAAUGUGCGACUCAAGAAGAAAAAUAAUAACCUAGGUAUUUUUCAAUAUUGAAAAGGAAAACGAUUGAAAUGUUUAUUGAUCAAUUCAUCGCUGUCUUUCUGCAGAGCAAAAUCGCUAGUGCAUUUGUGAGUGGAAAAGCAUCGGCAGAAUAAGUGAGAUGUUUGAUAAAAAUAUUCUGCCAAUUUUUUGUGAACUUUCACUGAAGCACAUUGAAAUUUCUGCGGUUUAGACUUGAAGAAUUUUUAUAUUUUCACAUUCUCAUCAAAUAUUCAUCAACGGCAUAUUUCAGAGCUUGUUAUUAGAAAAAAUCAAUAUUGAACUCUGUAAAUAAUUUUAUUUUCAGGCAACAAUAACAUUGGAACUUGAUUGUGUCAAUUUGCCUUCCAAUAAUUUUGCUGCAUGCCUCAAUGUAUGAUUGUAUUUUUAUUUUAUAUUUAUGUGAAAGAUGUGAUUUUGAUACAAAAUGAAAAAAAUCUAGCAAAAGGGAUAUUGAAUGUUAAUUUCAUCAGCUUGAAUUCACGUUCUGUUAAUCAAAGUAUGAGUGACAAAAUUUCUAGCGUGAUGAAAUAAAGCAUUUAUUAUAAAUAUUUUUCAUCAUUUGAUGAUGACCUAUGCAAAAGUUAAAAACUAUUGCAUAUAAAAUAGCUAAGAAUUUGCAAGAAAAUGGAUGCAUUUCUAGACUUUCUCACUGAAACUUCCUUCAAUAAAAGAAUGAAAUAUUCAUCUACUUGAUGAGUACUUAAUGCUUUCUCCACUGUACUAUUAAAGAAAGAAAAAAGAAUGAAUCUUAAAUGUGAAAUUAUUUAGUUAGGUAAUUAUUAUUGUAUCUGAUCUUUAAGUUUGCAAUAUAUGUAGCGUGUUGGUUUGUUCUUCUGAAAAAAGUAUAUACGAUUACGCUGCAGAUAGUUUUUCAUUCCAAUAAAUUAACUAUGGCGAGAAAAUUUUUGUUAUUUAUUGUUUGGAAUGAAUAAAAUUGUAUUUAUAAAAAAAAUAUCAUAAUUGUAUAAAAAAAUGUUUUCAUUUUUAAUUUCAUCCUGCUAUAUUUUAUUAAUAACAUUAAGUAUAUAGAAAGCAUAGAAGAAUAUAUCUAACACGGAAAUUAAUUCUGCCGCAUUUUUUGGCAAACAUGUGAAACUGACCACGUGACCCGUCCUUAACCUUUAAAAAUAGCAGAACGAAAUGUCAAAAGCUUAGUCUAAAUUUAUUGUAUUUAUUUAAUAAUUUAUUAAAAUUAUGGCCUUUCGAAACAUGAUUAAAAUAUUUUUAAGAAAAUGUAGUCCUGUGCAUCCUGUUGUAUUAUAUGCAACAACAGCACCAAUGUUUACGAAUCCAGAUCCACCAAAAGAUCCUAACCAUGAUCAAAAAUUGCAAUUUGAACCUCCCAGUCCAUCAAAUUUAACUUACGAUUUCUUGAUUAAGCAAUCAACAAUUAAUGCUGUAAAUAGUGCCUCUCAGGCCUUAACUGUAACAUACAGUGCAAUAGAAAAUACCAGUAGAGAGUACAGCUACUGACUAGACUAAUUGCUUUAAUGAAUGAAGCCAUAUUACGGGAUGUAACUGAUUCUCAUUGGGAUGAAAUUCUAGAAAUUAGAUCACAAAUGCAAAUAAAGAAACAUAUACUAAUGCAAUUUAUUGGAUAUAUGGACUAUGUUCAUAAAAUGGCUGAAGCUGCAUCAGAAAUAAGUUUCUUGGCUGGGAUGGAUAAUUUAUCGACUUCACUUACUCAACGAAUUGAUGAUGCAUUAGUUAAAAUACAAACAGAAAAAACAAAUAAUAGCCAAUUGGAAGAAGAGUACACAAGAGUACAAGAAGAAUCCAUCAAAAGUUCAAAUAAAAAGGAAGCAUAUAAGAAGGAAAAGAUAAAUGUACAGGAUACUGAAAUCAUAGAUUUAGACAACUUAGAUGAUGAUUAAAACAAGGGUGACAAAAUGACUUAUAUAAAUUGUACAGUUUUAUUUUUUUUUUUAUUUACAUUAUUUUGUACAGAACUUAUAUGUUAAAGUUGUAGAGAAAGCAAAGUAUGUGAAAAUUUACUCUGCACAAUGUUGGUGACUCAAAACUUUUUUAAUUAAUAAUUUUAUCUAUUUUUAUA